AUGGCGGCUUGUACCCAUGCGCUCUUCGAGACGUCCUCCGGCUACGCCAUCUUCGAGGUCAAGCUGCACGAUGUCACCGGCGCACUCGACAAGGCCGUCCAGGCGUCGAUAGACGACUUCUCAAAAUUCUCAAAGAUGGUCUCCCUGUCGAGCUUUGCGCCCUUCAAAGAUGCCGCACAUGCGCUGGAGAACAUGAACGACAUUUCCGAGAACACAAUUAACGACUACCUCCGCUCCGUGCUCGAGCUCAAUCUAUCGAAACCCUCCAAGAAGGGCUCUUCCGUCGUCCUCGCCGCGAACUCCAUGCUCGCCGCGGUGCUCAAGGACGAAAUGGGCAUAAACUGCGCCUCCAAGGAGGUCGCGACCGACAUCCUCCGCGGCAUCCGCGAGCACGCUGCGCGCCUCCUCAAGGGCAUGCACGACACCGACCUCACCAAGGCGCAGCUCGGUCUCGGCCACGCAUACUCGCGUGCGAAGCUCAAGUUCAACGUCAACCGGAUCGACAACAUGAUCAUCCAGGCCAUCUCGCUCCUCGACCAGCUCGACAAAGAUGUGAACCUGUUCUCGAUGCGCGUCCGCGAGUGGUACGGCUACCACUUCCCGGAACUGGUCAAGAUCGUGCCGGACAACUACCAGUACGCGAAAGUCGUGCAGUUCAUCGGGGCGAAGGAGGCGUUGGACGAGAGCAAGCUCCCGGAGCUCGCAACGCUCCUCGACGACGACGAGACCCGGGCGCAGAACAUCCUCGACGCCGCGCGGGGGAGCAUGGGCGUCGCGCUCGCCGAGUUCGACAUCCUCAACGUCGGCAUGUUCGCGACCCGCGUGGUGUCGCUCGCCGAGUACCGCAAGGAGCUCCAGACGUACCUCCACGAGAAGAUGAACGACGUCGCACCCAGUUUGACCGCGCUCCUCGGCGACCGUGUCGGUGCGCGGCUCAUCAGCCAUGCGGGAAGCUUGACGAACCUCAGCAAGUACCCCGCGAGCACGGUGCAAAUUCUGGGAGCGGAGAAGGCGCUGUUCCGUGCGUUGAAGACGAAGGGCAACACGCCCAAGUACGGUCUCAUCUACCACUCCUCCUUCAUUGGGCGCGCCGGUCCGAAAUACAAGGGCCGCAUAUCAAGAUUCCUUGCCAACAAGUGCUCAAUAGCGUCACGCAUCGACUGCUACUCGGACACCCCAACGGCCAAGUUCGGCGAGGCGCUCAAGCAGCAGGUCGAGGAGCGCCUAGCGUUCUUCGAGACGGGCGAGCCCCCGUCCAAGAACGCGGACGCGAUGCGCAAGGUGUUCGAGCAACUCGCGCUUGACCAGGAUGAGGAGUCGGAUGGCGAGGAGGACGGGAUGGACGUCGACUCGCCCAAGGCGAAGGUCAGCACGAAGGGCAAGCAGAAGGAGACGGAGGCCGCGCUGCCGUUCGCGGACGUGGAGAUGGAGACGACCCCAACGAAGAAGAAGAAGGAGAAGAAGGAAAAGAAAGAGAAGAAGGACAAGAAACGGAAGAGCGAGGAGGCGGGCAUGGACGUCGACGGGGACGGGGGCGAGGAGAGCGAGGAGAGCGCGCCGCGGAAGAAGGUGAAGCUGAGCAAAGAGGAGAAGAAGGCGCUGAAGAAGGAGAUGAAGAAGGAGCGGAAGGAGAAGGAAGCGACGGAGGGCGGAGAGUCGAAGAAAGAGAAGAAGGAGAAGAAGGAGAAGAAAGAAAAGAAAGAAAAGAAGGAGAAGAAGAGCAAAGAGUAG